AUUUGAGCCAGUCGUCAAGUCAGGUAAAUCGGAGUAUAUUGAAACCCUCUUGAGUGUACACGACGAUUUAUGAAAACAUAUCUUUAGGGAGAAUCGAUUGCUUUUAGGUCCAAAUCAAGAUGUUUCACACAUGUGGACCCAAUGAAGCCAUGGUGGUGUCUGGCUUUGGUCGUUCCCCUCCUCUAAUGAUCGCUGGAGGAAGAGUGUUUGUCCUCCCCUGUAUUCAACAGAUCCAGAGGAUCACUCUGAACACCCUGACUCUGAAUGUGAAGAGUGAUAAGGUGUACACCCGUCAUGGAGUGCCCAUCUCUGUCACGGGCAUCGCCCAGGUGAAGAUCCAGGGUCAGAACAAGGAGAUGCUGGCCACGGCCUGUCAGAUGUUCAUGGGGAAGUCUGAGGCUGAGGUCUCCAACAUCGCCCUGGAAACACUGGAGGGGCACCAGAGGGCCAUCAUUGCCCAUCUGACUGUUGAGGAGAUCUACCAGGACCGUAAGAAGUUUUCUGAGCAGGUGUUCAAGGUGGCCUCCUCUGACCUGGUCAACAUGGGCAUCGGCGUGGUCAGCUACACGCUCAAAGACGUUCACGACGACCAGGACUACCUCAACUCCCUGGGUAAAGCUAGGACAGCUCAGGUGCAGAAAGAUGCCAGGAUCGGAGAGGCUCAGUACAAACGAGACGCGGUGAUCCGUGAGGCCCAGGCCAUGCAGGAGAAGGUGUCGGCCCAGUAUCUGAAUGAGAUCGAGAUGGCCAAAGCUCAGAGAGACUACGAGCUGAAGAAGGCCUCCUACGACUACGAGGUCAACACCAAGAAGGCAGAGUCUGAGAUGGCUUAUCAGCUGCAGGUGGCGAAGACGAAGCAGCGGAUUGAGGAGGAGACGAUGCAGGUGAAGGUGGUGGAGAGGUCUCAGCAGAUCAUGCUGCAGGAGCAGGAGAUCACCCGCAAGGAGAUGGAGCUGGAGGCCACGGUGAAGAAGCCUGCUGAGGCAGAGAGAUACCGUCUGGAGAGACUGGCUGAGGCAGAACGUGCACAGCUCAUCAUGGAGGCUGAGGCAGAGGCAGAGUCCAUCAGAAUGAGGGGCGAUGCUGAGGCGUUUGCUCUGGAGGCUAAGGGUCGUGCCGAGGCAGAGCAGAUGGCUAAGAAGGCUGAGGCCUUUAAACAGUACGGGGAGGGAGCCAUGGUGGACAUGCUGCUGGAGAAACUACCACUGAUAGCAGAGGAGAUCAGCAGGCCCCUCUCCAUGGCCCAGAAGGUUACCAUGGUUUCCAGCGGUGGGGGUGAGGUGGGCGCUGCCAAGCUGACCGGAGAGGUUCUGGACAUCAUGACCAGACUACCAGCUGCUGUGGAGAAACUCACUGGAAUCAACAUCUCACAGGUUGGCCUGUCCACCCGAAUGGGCUGAGAAUGGAGCCCAGUGACUGAGACAGCCUGCACCGUCAGACCAGGAACUCCAUACUGCCUCCUUGUGCCUAUAAUUACUAUUCCCUAGUGUAGUUGUCUGUCUAUGUCUGCAUGCCUGUCUGCAUGCCUGUGUUAGCACGGUAGUCUUUCUUAGAGCAUGUGUCAGCACUCUCAUUGGCACUGAUCUGAAACAAAGGAUGGGUCAAAGCUGUAUGUUGUAGGCCUACUGUGGGAGUUUGUGUCUCCUGGUCAUUCAUAUCUCUGUUAGAUCAGCUUGGAUGAAGGAAAGGAAAGCACUUUGGGCUAGCAUGACACAGCCUUAGUAGUUCUGGUAGCAACGAGCCUCUUUUCCCUGUCCGUUAUUCAGUGUGUUUUAAUCACUGCUUCAAGCCUGCCUUUCUGUCUCCCUCUUACAGGUUUGGGUCCAUAUAAACUGUUCCACUGUCACAUAGUUGUUUUAGUUGUAAUUCAUAGAGUAUUAUUUCAUUGGGAUGUGGUUGAGAAAGGAUAUUUCAUUCUCUUUGUUGUUCAUAGGAAAUAAUCGUGUCAGUAUGAGGUUUGUUAGUUGAUUGUUUUGUCGACAUUUGCAGUUGUUCUAAGGUAGUCUGUCUUGUUCUGAGCAUGGUUGGCUAGCUAGUUGCUAUUAAUUGCUUUGCAAAUUAAGAAGAAAUGCUCUUUACUUUCACUGUGGACAUUUCUUCAUUUUAGCUAAUUGUAGUACUGGUAGUCAUGAUAUUAAACAUGUUCUACCUGCUUAUGGAUUCUAGUACCUCUGUCUACCAACUUAUGGACAGUGCUUUUCCACUAUGUGCUCCCUUGACAGUAGAUCCUAGAUCAGUCUACUGAUAUCUCUAGCCCUCUAGAAUGGCCAGUGCCUUGUGUUUUAAAGUCUAAUGAAUCAUAUCAAUACAAGCCAUAUUACAGUAGAAGCCAAGUUGCAUGCAGAUAAUGCUGAUUUGUGAUCUUUUUGCCAUGACCCUGCCAUAUGUGUGGGAUGAAAUCACAAACUAUAUGAUGGGUUGGCACUAAACCUCUUUUCUCUGUUGGUACAAUACUGGCAUAGACACAAUCAAUGGAGUACUGAAUUUGAUGGUACCUAAUCUAAUUUUCCAUAGCAAAAAAAAAAACAAGGAACUACAUAUUCUCUGUUACUAAAGUGUUGUUUAUCCAACAGACAGAUUGUCAUGUACACCAUUAUGGCUUAGUUCCAGUGUUUCUAAACCCUAGACUUAUUAGACAGGCCUUCGCUCAGAGCUUCUACUGUGCUAUAACUGUAUAAAGGUGGAGAUUUUCUGUGAAGUGAUUGGAAGGAAGGAAGGAAGUAAGUGGGUGGGAGGAGGGAGGGAGCGAGCGGACUGGGGUUUUCCUGCUGAAGACUAACCUCCGAGGUCUCUUUAUCUAGGUCCGGUGUACUGUCAGUCACGUGGAUGUGCUGUUUGAGGUGAAGUUGUGUGUAGGAGAGGGGAAUGGCGAAACUAGCCGGGGUGCCAGUCUGUUUCUGCUCUCUUGUCAACUCCUUAUCGAAUUGUCAAGCCAAACAUUUUUCCCUUAACAAUGUCAAUGGAACAGGCAAAAGCACAACCAGACCUGGGACCAGGCUACAGACACUACUAUAGUGGAGUUUCAUGUAUGGUCCAGUGGGGUAGACAGGCACCUUCUAUAGACUGGAGUAGACGAUAUACAUUUUAAUCAGAUGUGUUGAUUAAUCAGGAGCUAUCCUUUUGUAUCGUAAUCUUGUCAUUAGGUCUUAUUGGUCUUAUUUUUCCAGAUUUUCUAUGUGGUGCUGAUCACAUCCCUGCUGUAGUAUAAGGUUUGUUAGGGACUGGUUCUAUACCAUAGAAAUAGAAUCCUUCUGUGUUCUAUACCACCACUCAGGAUUCUAGAAGCUACUUCUCUGUAGCUGAUUGUAAUUCCCCAAAGCUUACAUGCUCUCUGGCUGUCUAUGCAUUUUGUUACCGUCAAGUGCCUGACUAAGUUGAAAGAUUCCCAUUUUUCUCUGAACCUAAAGGCUAAACUUUCACCCCACGUUAAACAUUGUGACAACCUAUAGAGGCAGGCUAUGUUCUAAAGAUAUUAAUGAAAACCAAUUUCACCAAAACAAUACUACUGCUUUCACUUAUGCACACACCUGUAUAUUAUGUCAUAAUGUCAAUGAUUUGUGACUUUUAACCUUUUUCUGUCCUGUAGCUGCUCUUAGUUAAAUAUGAUUUCUGUGCUUGUAUUUCCGUCUAUGCUUUGUUGACUUGCCAAGAUAAUGCCUGGCCUUCCAUGUACAGUGGCUUGCGAAAGUAUUCACCCCCCUUGACAUUUUUCCUAUUUUGUUGCCUUAAAAUCUGGAAUUUAAAUAGAUUUUGGGGGGGGGUUUACACAUGACUACCACUUUGAAGAUGCAAUUUUUUUUUAUUGUGAAAUAAGACAACUGAACUUGAGCGUGCAUAACUAUUCACCCCCCCAAAGUCAGUAGUUUGUAGAGCCACCUUUUGCAGCAAUUACAGCUGCAAGUCUCUUGGGAUAUGUCUCUAUAAGCUUGGCACAUCUAGCCACUGGGAUUUUUGCCCAUUCUUCAAGGCAAAACUGCCCCAGCUCCUUCAAGUUGGAUGGGUUCCGCUGGUGUACAGCAAUCUUUAAGUCAUACCACAUAUUCUCAAUUGGAUUGAGGUCUGGGCUUUGACUAGGCCAUUCCAAGACAUUUAAAUGUUGCUUUAGCAGUAUGCUUAGGGUCAUUGUCCCAGUCUCAAAUCUCUGGAACACUGAAACAGGUUUCCCCUCAAGAAUUUCCCUGUGUUUAGCACCAUCCAUCAUUCCUUCAAUUCUGACCAGUUUCCCAGUCCCUGCUGAUGGAAAAACAUGGUGUUCUCUGGGUGAUGAGAGGUGUUGGGUUUGCACCAGACAGUGUUUUCCUUGAUGGACAAUUUUAGUCUCAUCUGACCAGAGAACCUUCUUCCAUAUGUUUGGGGAGUUUCCCACAUGCCUUUUGAUGAACACCUAACAUGUUUGCUUAUUUUUGUUUCUUUAAGAAAUGUCUUUUUUCUGGCCACUCUUCCAUAAAGCCCAGCUCUGUGGAGUGUACGGCUUAAAGUGGUCAUAUAAACAGAUACUCCAAUCUCCACUGUGGGGCUUUGCAGCUCCUUCAGGGUUAUCUUUGCUCUCUUGUUACCUUUCUGAUUAAUACCCUCCUUACCUGGUCUGUGAGUUUUGGUGCCAUAUUCUUUCAAUUUUUUUACAAUGGAUUUAAAUGGUGCUCUGUGGGAUGUCUUAAAGUUUUGGAUAUUUUUAUAUAAUUCAACCCUGAUCUGUACUUCUCCAACUUUUCCCUGACCUUGGUCUUCGUGGUGUUGAUGUUAUUUAGGGGCUUCAUAACAAAGGGGGUGAAUACAUAUGAACACACCACUUAAUUUCUUUACAUUUUUUUAAGCAAGUUAUUUUUUAAAUUUCACUUCACCAAUUUGGACUAUUUUGUGUGUCCAUUACAUGACAUCCAUUUCAAUUACAGGUUGUAAUGCAACAAGAUAGGAAAAACACCAAGGGGGAUAAAUACUAGUGCAAGGCACUGUAGUGUAAACUUUGAAUUGAAGUGCACUAAGUUAUGAAAUUAUUGUAACAUUUCUAUAAACACAAACGCUCUUUCCUAACUCA